GGAGGCCAAGACCCAGACCACGUCCAAUGGUGGAGGGGGCUACACAACAUGUUCAAGAAACGCAAAAAUCUGAAUAUUCGGCAGCGGCGCCUGAGCGAGGAGGAGCCCGCGGCGGAGGGCGAGGCGGCGGGGACCAACAGCAACGAUGACAGCAACUCCAACCUGCCGCCGGCCGGGAAGAAGGAGAAAAAGAAGGCCAAAGAGAAGGAGCCCAAGAAGCAGUCCAUCCUGAGCUUCGAGGACGAGCUGGAGGCUGAUGAUGGCAUCAUGUUUCAAGAAAAGAAGUCUAGCCUCAGUUACAAGCUGAGGAAGGAGAUGAAAAAGGAGAGGAAGGAGAAGAGAAGAGAGGAGAAGGAAAAGCAGAGACAGGCAGAGGGGAAGGACAAGUUCAGAGAGAAGGACAAGAAUGGGGGCCCCACAGUGUCUGAAUUGGAUGAGCUGGGGAUCCGCAUUGUAAAUGGUCGUGAGGCAGAGAGCAUCGGUGCUGAGCCGGGCGACUCAGACUCUGAGGAAGACACACCGGGCCAACACAAGUUCCGGCCAAAAGGAGCCAAAACAUCCCAGUCUCUUGACCCUUGGAAGAAGAUAUUGCAGAGUGGACAGAUCCCUGAUGCCAACAUGAUCCACGCUAUCCGCAAACAAAGGCAGCAGGCCAGGGAGCAGGGUGACAUGAUUCCCAUUGAUGACACCGUUAGGGUGGAGGAAAGCAAGGGCCGGUUGGUGCGAGACGACGACAAUGAUCGCAGCGAUGAUGAGGAAGGGGAGUCCCGCAUGGACUUCUCGGUGAACCAUCAGGCAAGAGACAGACAGCAGCGUCGAGAGGCCUUUAUUGCCGCACAAGAUGAUGAUGGCACGGACAACAGUGACCACGAGCGUGAGUGGGAGAAACAACAGUUGCUGAAGGCUGGGGCAAGUACGAAGGUGGCUGGCUGUGAGGGUGAGGGAAACCAGGACAGUCAGACAGACCCCAGUGCCAGCAGCCACUUCACUGCCCCUGUAGACAAUGGUGCAUUGGCGGUGGCUGGAGCCGGCAGCAUUGUUCAGCCAGAGCCUCGGCUGUGGGGCCAAGAGAGCCUCAUUCCUGCAUCCUCAUCUGCACUGCCACGGCCCUCCAACUACCAGGCGGAGGGCAUCAUCAAGCGCCUCCAGGACAGUCGCACCAGCCUGGAGGAGGUGUACCGGCGGCACCGGAAGGAGGCGGACACGGUGGAAGAUGAUCUUGUGGUCUGCAAGUGUACCAUCUCUCUGUGCAGCAAGGAGGAGCAGCCGCUGACCAGCAUCUUCCAGUUCUAUCAAGAUAUCCGUGGGUAUGUCACUGACUUAAGAGACUGUCUGAAUGAAAAGGUCCCAGAGAUAAGCAGCCUUGAGGAGCAGGUAUAUGCACUGUACCGGCAGCGAGCACAGAAGAUGGUCCAGCGGCGGCGGCAGGAUGUCAAGGAUCAGAAUGAUGAAUUUUCCCCCUUUGCUGGCAAGGGAGCAAUGGGAGAUGAGUACCGGACAAGACGUGCAGCAGAGAGGGAAGGCCGGAGGACCCGCAGGAGAAGAGAGCGAGAAAAAAGAGGCGAUUCAAACCAUCAUGAUGGAAUGUCGACAGAUGACGAGGAGUCUCAGUCAGAGAUCCAGCUAAUGCAGAGUGACCUAGAGCACAUAGCUGCUGAAGCUCGCAAGAUUUUUGAGGAUGUAGAGGAUGAUUUUUCACAACUGAAGCGCAUCAUGACCAAGUUUGAAGAAUGGAAGGCCAAGGAUGGUCCAACAUAUUCUGAUGCUUAUGUCUCCUACAACCUCCCAAAGAUAUUUGCCCCAUAUAUAAGACUCCAAAUGUUGCUGUGGAACCCAUUAAUGAAGGACAGCGAGAGUGUGGAGGUUGAACGCAUGAAGUGGUUCAACUUGUUACUUCUGUAUGGAACUGGUGAUGCUCCUGAUGACGACCCACGUCACCUAAGAGAGGAUUCCGAUCGCAAGCUGAUGUCACAUUUAGUGGAGAAAAUUGUUUUGGUGAAGCUGAAAGAACUUGUUGGAUGCUGGUGGGAUCCCUUGUCCCAUACGCAAACAGUGCGGUUAGUGAACAUGGUGAGGCAUUAUGCUGAAGCCUAUCCCAGCUUGAAUCCCAGUUCCAAGCCUCUGAGGGAACUCACACAUGCCAUCAUCAACAAGAUUAGAGAUGCCAUAGACAAUGACAUCUUUAUACCAAUGUUUCCCAAGAAUGUUUAUGACAACAAGAACUCUGGAGUGAGCCUAUUCUUCCAGCGACAAUUCUGGGUGGCUUGGAAGCUUCUUAGUUCCACUUUGAUGUGGCACAAGGUUCUCAGUGACUCGGUCAUUCAUGACCUUGCAGUACGGUCACUGCUAAAUCUAUACCUUUUGCCAGCUCUCAAUCUUGCAACUGAAAUAAACCCCACCGACGCCCUUGAUAAAUGUAGGAAUGUUAUCAAUGCUUUGCCACGAUCCUGGGUCAAGAGUGAAGGAACUCAUGUUUUCCUUGGUCGUUUAGAAGAUUUCCUAAUUAAAUUGUCUGAGAAGCUGGAUCCUACCACACACACCCCAGCUCUCAAGGAAGUUUGUGACCUCCUCAAGUCCAUUGGAGCUACAGCACAAGCAGAGAAAAUAGCCUACAAAUAUCUCUGAACACAUGGCAACUGAUAUUGUGAUGGCAGUGAUACAUUUUUGAUGCCGAGGUAAAAAGUGUCACACAGGUAAAAUUUCUUAAAAUUGUAAUGAACUAGAUAUUAUAUCUUAUAAAUACUCCUACCUUGAGAAGAGUAAUUAAAGGAAUGAAUUGAGAUGUUAUAUGGUAUGGGUAUAUAGCUGAAAUGCAUCCUUUAUAGUAAAGGUUGGUUGGUCAUUGUCCACUUAAAGUAACACAUUAAAAAUGCUUUUGUAUAUAAAUUUUUCUUACUGAUUUGUUUAGAUAAAAGAAAAUUCUUCACAAGAAUAAAAGUAAAGAUUUAAGUUGUAUUUUAAUCAGACAUCCAGUUUUGCCAUGCUCCCGUGUCUUUGACCACCACUAUCAGCAUUUAUAUUUUAUUGUAGUUAGGGUUGAAAUUUUGCAAGAGCCCUUGACAUGCAGGAACAAUAAGACUGUUGAAAAAAGAGAGAGAGAGAGAGAGAGAGAGAGAGAGAGAGAGAGAGAGAGAGAGAGAGAGAGAGAAAAGGGGGGGGGGGGAUUGAUACUCCGAUAAAAAUGAUAUUCUAAUUCAUGGGCACAUUUACCUCAGUGAUCUUGUGCCUGGCUAAAGGGGAGGAUCUGGCACCCUAUUUUAAGAAAUUAGUUGAUUUUUUUUUUAAUAAAUGAAAUGCUCUUGCAUGACCAUUUGUGCAUAAGCUAUCACGUGGCAGCUUUAUUUUUUUUCCACAUUAAAAAUGUCCCAACAAGCCUGACUUUAAAUACUUUAGAAGUGGGCAGGGGGCAGGAAUUGAUUUUUUAUGUUAUUUUCGAGAUAUGAUAAAAUAAUCACAUACCAAUGUAUUCUAAACUAAACACAUUUGAACAGAAAUGGCCAUACCAAAGUGCAUGAAUUAAGUUUGGUUAUAAUGAACUUGGUCCUAUUGUGAGUACAGUCACCCUCAGUAUCUGUGGGAUGUUUGGUUCUAGGACUCCCCAGAUAUCAAAAUCUACAGAUGCUCAAGGCUCAUAAAUUAAAUGGCAUAGUAUUUGUAGAUAACCUAUACAAAUUCUGUAUUCUGUGGGGUUUAUAGGCUGUAACUGUGUCGGCAUCACCUCUAUCCCUUGUCAUGAAAACAAUUUCUUUACCUCACUAAAAUUUCACAUAUUAGUUUACUUCUCUUGUUUUUACUAGCAAGUUAUAUCUAUCUUGUCUAGUAUUGUUAUCAAUAUACAUACUCAAUCUCAUGCUAAAGGGAGAGCAGUUACCACAUUCACAAGUGCUGACUCUCCAUUGAGGCGGCGAGCCUAAUGACAAAGGUAAACUUGAGGGAAUACGUUAUAGCUGCCCAUGGCCUCUGUGCUCAUCUGUUAUACUUGCCCUUGAGCCUAGGUAAGAACUCAUUACCCAGGACACAGGGCCAGUGGUAUAUUCAGGUUACCACAGUUUGCCUUCCCCAGGUACUCAUUUAAUGACCAACCAGAAAGGAAGUAUGAACAGAUGAGUGAGCAGCAUGCUGGCUGCCUGCCCAUGGAGAUUUUUUCAUGUGAAAAAAAAAAAAAAAAAAAAAAAAAAAAAAAAUGCUGAUACCAAUAAUUUCAAUGGUUAAAAAAUAUUCAGGGAAGUCAAUCAAGGCCUAAGGUGAGUGUUUGGCAAUGUUUUCCAUCACUGUCAGAGGCUCCAUAACCACAGGAUGUAAAGGGAUCACAGCCUCACCUAUUAAACAUCAUAGCCUAGCAUAGCUGUCAUUUGCACAGAUUCAGUAUAGUGCUCUGCACAGCAAGUUCACUUUUACUUUUGGGAACAAUUAUUUUUUUCUCAAUUCAUGAUUGGUUAAAGUUGCCGAUUUGGAACCCACUACUAUAGAAGGCUGACUAAAUCAGUGACAAAUUCAUUGGAAUAAAGCAUGUGAAGAACAAACAUUAGUCAAAUAUUCAGUCUAUAUAUUCUUCAGACAAACACAGUUGAAAAGUUAUGCACUUUCACAUCUUUUAUAUGUUCUUUAGGAAAAGGUAACAAGAAAGUGGUGAAAGUAUUAUGAAGGGCCAAAGUUACAUUUAGGAUCUUUGAAGACAAACAAAACUGCUGAUACAAUUUUUUUAGAAAGUUUUUAUAUGACAAAUAUGUAUGUACAAAUAAAGCUUUAUAUGA